AGUCCUCGGUCCUGCGAGGACGGGCGAAGAACACCUGCUUUGCUUCUGCAGCGGGGGACAACAUGUUGAGAAACCGCCUCUGUUUGACCGUGGUCUUCUUUCUCCUGACCUCAUCCUCACUCGCAGACCCUACAGUGAGGCUUGUAGAUGGAAGCAAUAGAUGCCGCGGUAGAGUGGAGGUCUACCAUUCAGACCAGUGGGGAACAGUGUGUGAUGACGACUGGGACAUGGCUGAUGCUGAGGUGUUGUGCAGACAGCUGGGUUGUGGAAGAGCUACAGAAAUAAAGACGGGGGCUGCUUUUGGACCGGGAACAGGCCAGAUCUGGAUGGAUAAUGUUGGAUGUUCUGGUAGUGAGUGUUCUCUCAUGGAGUGCUCACAUGGAGGAUUUGGAAAGCAUAACUGCGACCACAGUGAAGAUGCUGGCGUUGUCUGCUCAGAUCCUACAGUGAGGCUUGUAAAUGGGAGCAGUAGAUGCAGCGGAAGAGUGGAGGUCUACCAUUCAGACCAGUGGGGAACAGUGUGUGAUGACGGCUGGGACAUGGCUGAUGCGGAGGUGGUGUGCAAACAGCUGGGUUGUGGAAGUGCUGCAGAAAUAAAGAAAGAGGCUGCUUUUGGACCGGGAAUAGGCCAGAUCUGGAUGGAUAAUGUUGGAUGUUCUGGUAGUGAGUGUUCUCUCAUGGAGUGCUCACAUAAAGGAUUUGGAAAGCAUAACUGCGGCCACCAAGAAGAUGCUGGCGUUGUCUGCUCAGAUCCUACAGUGAGGCUUGUAAAUGGGAGCAGCGGAUGCAGCGGUAGAGUGGAGGUCUACCACUCCAACCAGUGGGGAACAGUGUGUGAUGACUCCUGGGACAUGGCUGAUGCUGAGGUAUUGUGCAGACAGCUGGGUUGUGGAAGUGCUGCAGAUAUAAAGACAGGGGCUGCUUUUGGACCGGGAAUAGGCCAGAUCUGGAUGGAUAAUGUUGGAUGUUCUGGUAGUGAGUGUUCUCUCGUGGAGUGCUCACAUGAAGGAUUUGGAAAGCAUAACUGCGACCACAAAGAAGAUGCUGGCGUUGUCUGCUCAGGUAAAAUGUCAAUGAGGCUUGUAGAUGGGAGCAGUGGAUGCAGCGGUAGGGUGGAGGUCUACCACUCCAACCAGUGGGGAACAGUGUGUGAUGACUCCUGGGACAUGACUGAUGCUGAGGUAUUGUGCAGACAGCUGGGUUGUGGAAGUGCUGCAAAAAUAAAGACGGGGGCUGCUUUUGGACCGGGAACAGACCCGAUCUGGAUGGAUGAUGUAGGGUGUUCUGGUAGUGAGUGUUCUCUCAUGGAGUGCUCACAUGGAGGAUUUGGAACGCAUAACUGCGGUCACAGUGAAGAUGCUGGCGUUGUCUGCUCAGAUCACAGAUCUCUUCCCACUCCCAGGCUGUCUUCGUCCCACACAGUCCUCUCCCCAGGCGAUGAGCUGAGUCUCACCUGCUCCCAUCCCUCCCAGCUAGAUGUGAGGCUUGUAAAUGGGAGCAAUGGAUGCAGCGGUAGAGUGGAGGUCUACCACUCCAACCAGUGGGGAACAGUGUGUGAUGACGACUGGGACAUGACUGAUGCUGAGGUGGUGUGCAGACAGCUGGGUUGUGGAAGUGCCGCAGAAAUUAAAACAGGGGCUGCUUUUGGACCGGGAAUAGGCCAGAUCUGGAUGGAUGAUGUUGGAUGUUCUGGUAGUGAGUGUUCUCUCAUGGAGUGCUCACAUAAAGGAUUUGGAAAGCAUAACUGCGACCACAAAGAAGAUGCUGGCGUUGUCUGCUCAGCCCUCUCACCAAGCAAUGAGCUGAGCCUCACCUGCUCCCAUUUCUCCCAGCUCUGUGAUCCGAUUCGUAUCAACUUCUACCAGGAUGGAUCUCCAAGAGGGAACCAGAUCUCGGGGUUUGGUCUGACCAGUGCGACAUUCACAGUGUCCAACAUUGAGUCCUCUCACCAGGGCAGUUACACCUGCCGCCUCUCCACCCAGCAAUUCACCAGCCCCUACAGCACCCUGGUCAGCAUCACCGUCGUGAGCCCGCAGCAGCCCAACAUCUCCCUGACCACCUUGAACAAAGGGCCGGUCUGGGGUACCCAGGGCCCAGAGGUCACAGCAGGUCACAACUUCAUCAUCAGCUGCUCAGUUUCUCCUCAGUAUCCAGGAGGCGUCUUCUACCUCUCCUUCUCCGGCUCCAACAACACUGAUGUCCAGUCAGCUGUCAGUCACUCAGCCUCGUUUUACUUCCCUGUGGCAGAGUAUCGACAGCAGGGCGACUACAGCUGCGUCUACCAAGUCAACGUCUCUACUCGCACCUUCACCUCCAAAGCCUCAGAGAUGCUGACUGUCACAGUCAGAGCUUCUCUCCUUCCACGGCGGGUUAUCGGGGUGGUCGGUGGCCUCUUGCUCCUGCUUGUCUUGCUGAUUGUCUCCUUUCUGAUCAUGAGGAGGAGGAGACACCGAGAGGUGGAAGUGAAGACCAGCGGUACAAACCGUGUGCGGAACACAUACCAGCUAACGCCCCAUCCCAAGGAGGCAAACAGCGAUCAGGACGACGAGAACCUGGAGAACUUCACCUGGAACCAAGAGAACAAUGAUGACAGUAACGACUUCGAGAACUAUGGAGACCUUGCAGCAGUGGGCAGCGUGCAUACGCGUGGAGUGGAGAAAAACAACCGUGCUAUCUGUCCUAACACAGAAACCUACCCAGACCACAACACUGCCGACCAUAACCCAGGGGGCAGCAGCGGGGGGGAGUGGAGAGAUGAAGAUGGCGGCAAAGAUGACCUGUGUCAGGGUGAUUUUUCCAAUGGCCAAAGCGAUACUGACAGUGCCGAGGAAGAGGAGAAGGAAAUCUAUGUAAAUUACGCAAUGUAA